AAGAUACAGUUGGCUGCAAAACGGCAACAAAACAUCUAAGUUUACUUAUCUCUGAGUACAAAAAGUAUUAUGCAGGGUGGUACGCUGUGUUGUUCCUUGUUGUGAUACAAAUACCAGCCGGCUAUUUUCUUCUGCUAUACUUUGCCCAAUAUUUGAAAAAAACUGCAUAUUAUUUGCCGAUUUCUGGAAUAAUGUUGCGAAUUUCUUUGAUCGUUGUUAUCAUGAUAAUGUCAGUAUUGCCAUUCUGCACAACAUGGCAUACCUCCAGAACGACACACGAGAGCUCUAAAAAGAUACACGAGCACUUUGCAAAGAAAAAAGGAGAAGACAAAGAAAAUCCGGAAUUAGAAGGCAAACAAAAUCCGGAAUUAGAAGGCAAACAAAAUCCGGAAUUAGAAGGCAAACAAAAUCCGGAAUUAGAAGGCAAACAAAAUCCGGAAUUAGAAGGCAAACAAAAUCCGGAAUUAGAAGGCAAACAAAAUCCGGAAUUAGAAGGCAAACAAAAUCCGGAAUUAAGUGAAAAGAAACACAAAGGCCCUACAAACAAAGGAGAAACCACAGGAAAGGGGAAUGUAAAUAAAAAAAGGGAACACUAUGGCUCUACAAAAGAAGAAAACAAAGAAGAGCCGAAAUCAAAUAUUAGCACUAAAACAGAAACUAAUGGUUCCAGUGAUGAUUAUGACGACAAGUAUCGCCUUCUUAGUCCUAUGUCCUACUUGAGCAAGUGUCAGUUUUUACUGUUUCAAGUUCCAAAUGUGAUCAUUGUCAUUGUUAGUUUCUUUCUCUAACUGCUCUGAGCGCAAAGACGUUCGCGGUACUGUGUAGCUUAUGUCAGUAGCAGUAGUGCUGUCGUUGUUAACUGUAAGCAGCAAUCAUAUUUGCUUUUUGCAUCUUAUGAAUAUGAUAAUCGUGAUGGUUAUGUUUGCUGAGAAUAUUGAAAAGCAAGUUUGUAAAA